AUGUCGAAUGAAAAGCGACCCAGUACUUUAUUUAACUACAACUUUUCUUCCAAAAAAAUACGUACUGGUACAGAAAAUUUAACACAAGAUUCAACUACACCUGCAACUACAAGUGCUACAGUUGCCAUAACAACAACUAAUGAUAAUUCGAGUUUACUUUUAUCCAGUGAUCCUGCAGAUUUAGAGCAGAUCAGUGAUGAAGUUAAUGUUAUCAUCGAAAGUAAUGAAUUGGAAGUCAUUAAUUCUCGACCAGACACCAAUACAAAUGAUAUCGGUUAUUAUUUAUCAAAUAAACUGCCAAUUGGUGAUCAUUUAAAAUAUUCGCUAUUAACAAAUCAUUUCAAACCUGAUAGAAAAUAUCCAUUUCCAAUGGUAUAUUCGGAUGAUCAUAAAUAUUCUCGUCGAUUCUUGAUUAAUUGGUUAAUCGAUAAUUCAUUUAUUGUUUAUUCACCAUACAUUGAAGGUAGUUAUUGCAUUAAUUGUGUAUUAUUUCGUAAUGUACAAGGACAAAAAUUAGAAUUAUUUGUUGAUAAACCUUGUUAUCGAUACAGGCAUUUGAAACAUUUUACUACAUCAUUAAAAAGUCAUAUGAAUUCACAAUUUCAUUUAAAUUCAACGAUUGCUACCGAUAAUUUUAUACACAAAUGCUUCAUCGUCGUCUUGAUUUUGGUACUUGAAUUUGAAGUAUAA